AGAAGCCUAAAGUUUAAAUUGAAUAAAAACUGUGAAUGUUAACACGAUGUUGUGCGAAGGAUAGUUAAAAACUGUUUAUAUUUAUAUACUUUAAUGUUUACCCAAUAAAUUUCUGAUUGAAAUGAUUCCUUUUAUUGCUGUACAGUGGAUAAAUAGUUUACAAUGAGGCUGUAUCAAUGGAUUUCUAUAUAGUAUUGGAAGGAAUUUGAAAAGAAAUUCAUCGUGUUAUAAAGAGGCUCAGUUGAAUAGAAGAUGACGCCUAUGAAAAGCAAUAUGCUGAAAUAUUUUUGAUCAGCGAGAAUGUUUGAUAAUGAUUUGAUCUAUUGGCAUAUUGCGCUUUUAUAUUUAUUGAUUGAAUUUUAAAUACAGAUAGAGUGAAAAUUCAGUUUUGUGACAUCACUAUUUACUGUGCUUUAUGCGGUAAUAUACAUUAUGUUUAUCAAUUUGUGUUAUUGAAUUUUCAUUGUAAGGAAAAAAAAUUAAUUGUUAAAAAUGACACUGGUGAUGUAAUGAAUUAAUGUGUUUAUCUGUAUUUAAAAAAAAAAUUGUGGAUUAAAAUUGAAUUGUGAAUGAUCGAUGGAUGAAUUAUAAAAUUUAAAAAAAAAGUUGAUUCUAGAAAAUGGAUUAAGAGCAAGUGAAAAAAUAUUAAUGUUUUGAAAAUAUUUAAUAAAUUUCGUCAACUUUUUGUGUCUGGACAGACAAGAAAAUCAACAAAAAAUAACAUUUGGGUACAAUAUAAAGAAUAGCCGGUCACAAUGUCUAUGAUAAUGGAGAGCCAGACACUACCCAAUAUAGAGGGUAAGGAAAUGGAGUUUUCUAUAGAUGUAAUGGAUGCACAGUUUAACCAUGAAGGGUGGUACUAUCUGGUGAUCACGCUUCAUAACUCGUUCAUUAAAGACUAUAGUCAGGUCAAGGUUAUGAAAGGAACGGAUGGGAUCUGGGAAUCAAAGAGACAGCUACGAACCGAUUCUACAAAACAAGAGGAGAAUGUUCCACUGAGUUAUUUUAAAGAUAGAAGAUUCACAUUUAGGUUCCCUAAAGGUUUCUAUAAGAAUGACAAGAAUCAUGAUGUGUACGUUUUGGUUGAGGCUUACACUUCUGCAGACUCGCCCUCUGGCAAAGGUCGUAAGGUAGGCGAGGGCAAGUUUGCUAUCUACCCUAGACCAAAUGCUCCGAGAAUGAAAUUGUAUGCAGAGCCAGGGGAGGACUAUUAUAACUAUACUGGUGUUAUGUCAUUACUUCGUACACACAGUACAGAUAACAUACAGAUGCAUUGUGGUCGUAUACGUAACAAUUAUUCCAUGCGAGAAGUUUUGCCGCCAAAACGAAAAACACCUCCUCCACCAACCCCACCCACUCAAAGAAGUCUAGAAAGGAAACUAACUCCUAUACCAUCACCAAGGCAAACACCACGCCCAACACCUCUUCCUAACAUACGUUCACCAGAUACAAAAGACAGUGGGCGUAAACAUGUAGAGCCUGCCCCAUACACUCAGCAAGUUGUCCCGCCUACACCAGCUAGUUCAUGGGGAGAAAACUUAUCACUUGAUUUAAAUUUACCUAAGUCACCUCCCUUGCCACCGGCAGCAGAUGGGAAAAAGUUACCAGAGAAACCCCUGCCAGAUAGUGACAGACAUACAUUCUCCACAGAUAGGUUAUACCGUCAUGUAUCUAACGCUGGUGAUGAACACAUUGAGGUUAUUGUACAUGGUGCUAGCAGUCUACCUCUUACACCAGAUGGUCAGGUCCCUCAACCAUAUGCUGUUGUGAAGACCAAGAAGCUUGAGGAUAACAAUACCAAGUCAGAUGCUGUAACACAUACGUCUGUCCGUCCUACACAUGCACCGUCAUGGGAGGAAAUGGUCACAUUAAAUAUAAACCAGAAAACAGCAGAAGAUGAAACUGUAGUUGUGAGUGUUGGAGAUGGCCAGACACAAAAAUGUUUGGUCAACUAUAGAAUGCCUGUUGUGAACCUUACACCGUUUCAUCAGUAUCAUCUAGAACUUAAUAUGCCUGCAAAAGGAAUACCAUCAGGUGUAAAAACAUUUGCCUCAAUUACUAGAAAACUUCCAAGGUUGCCAGUAGACCCAUCAUCUCCAAACUACCUGGCACUAGAGGUAUUGUUAAUGAGUGCUCAGCGACCUAUUCAGAAUCCUCUAGGUCCACUAAUUGCUGUAGCAAGGAUUGUACCUGACUAUUAUAACUACAAGAGUGAUAAUUUGUUAAAUCACCCACGUAAUGCAGGUGUAGUAAUGCAGAGUGUAACUUUCCCGUCUGCUCAUCCAUCUAGCUUCAUAGUCACAGAAAGAAGUCAUCAUGGACACCCUCAGCUGAGUUUACCAGGUCGCCCAGAAAACCAACCAACCUGGAAUCACCCAUACUUGUUUGUAGAGAAGAGAGAUAAAGCUACAUUGUUUACACCAGGGGCAGCACUUGUCAUAGAAUACUAUGUAGCCUCAACAAGAAGAUACAAGAAGAAAUCAAUGUCUGACCAGUUCUGGCGUAUGCAAUCUCCAGUUGCUUUCUCUACCAUGCUGAUGGAUGAAGAAAUGUACAAAAACUUGAUAGCAGAUAGAGCCAAAAAUGGUCUGAGAAUUGAAGGUGUACCUAUACAGGGUUCAGAGAUGUCAACAAUUGAUGGACGGCGCCCAACAGUUGGAAUGAUUUUAAAACUGAUAACAACAGAGACACCAGAUUCAAUGGUAUCUGUUAGCAACAUUGAGGACAUACCUUCCCUGGAGUUGUUCCCAGAUUCUGACGUACCAGGAUAUUACCGUGCUGAUUCGCCAGAGAUUCUCAAGUUGGACUCUCCAACAAAACCUGCCCCAAAGGAGGAGCCACUGUCCCCAGCCAGAACCCCAAAGACUCCACCCUCAGCACCUCAUCAAUAUCACUACCACAGGGAACCAGCUAAAACUAAUCCAGGAAGAUAUCUUCUACAGAAAGUUAAGAAAAGACCUAUGUCUCCAACAAAAGAUGGAGAAAUGCCAUCCUACAAUGCCAUGGAGCAGUUGCUUCCAGAUUACCAGUACAUCUUUCAACCAGGAGAAGGUAUGCCAGGUGGUGGUGGUGGUACCAGAUCUCCAACACGUAGACCACCUGGUCCUUCUACAUCACAUGUGCCUGCUGGAGGGUAUGAUGGUGAGGAAGCUCCACUAGACAAGAACUCAAUGGUGUUGAUAGAUCAUCAGACGAAGGAGCUGGGUAACUAUAGAGAUGCUGUACACAAAAUGGGCUCCGAUAUACUCACCUUAAGAUCUCAGAUGCGUGACCUGGAGGGUAUCAACAGUAAUCUACGUCGUGACCUCGCUCAUUAUAGUGAUACUACCAGGUUGAUGGUAGACAGUGCUGAACUUGAUGGUCUCACUAAACCAGAGGUCCUCUCAAGAUAUGCUGCAUUAAAACAGACUCUAGCAUCACAGACUGUAGACCUCAAAACAUACAAAGACAAACUGCAGAAAGCACAAAAUGACCUCAUUAAAAAAAAUGAUGAUGAGAAGAAGUUUUUAAAGAUACAAAAGGCACAUGCCAGUCAACAAAUGAUGAUUCAGAAGUUACAAGAUAAAUUAAAAAAGAUGAAGAAGCUGGAAGAAGCUUGUAAAAAACAGGAAAGUGUCAUAUCUCAGAUGGAAAAAGUUUUAGAAAGACAUCACAGGGAUAGGGGCAGAUAUCAAAAAGACAAAGCUUCACAAGAUGCUAAUGAAGUGUUGUUACAAGAAAACAAGAGAUUGAGGGAUCAGAUAGAUGAGCUUAGAAUGCAGAUAAGAAACAGUGGAAGCAAUGCUAAUGAUGAUCUAGAGAAGAUGGAACUUUACCAGGCCCUCGAAAAAGCUGAAGGCAGGAUUGCCUCCCUUGAAAAUCAGUUGGCACAGAAUUCACGUGAUUGGGGUAAAGAGAGAGCGGCAUUGAAUAUACGACUGAAUGAAGCAGAACAUGCAUUUGGUAGACACACGUCUACAGUUUUCCAUGAUUUCCCUGUUGUUACGGCUGAGCGUAGAGGAGGCUUGAAACGACUGUCACCUGUUUAUAAUUGAAAGGUCAUCUCCAUAACAGACUAGUACUCAUGUUAUAAUGCUACUGUUCCCAUCAAUCAUAGCAUGAUGACAGGAAUGACAAACCAUAACUGAUGUGGUUGUUUCUAGUAGUAUAAUGAUCAAAUCUUUCUGCGCGACCAAAAAAAAUGGACGAGCUGAAUGAUGAUAGUCAAAGUGGCUGUAUUAGACAGAUCCUGACAGUUGUUUUCAUUAAGAUAUCUAAAGUAGUUGUCUAUAUGAUGCUGUUGACAAGAAAAUUGUUAAAAUAGGUUUGAAUACUUGCUGCAUAUACUAGAUCUUUAUUAUUUGUUUGACUGUUAGCAUAAUGCUUAAAGAACAUAUGAUCAUUAACUUUUACACUUCUUACAUUUUUGGCUGUGGCUGUGUAAUGGUCCAUUACUUCUUGUUAGGAAUUUGAGGGUCAGAGGUAAAUAGUCUGGCAGUUGCGGCUGCAUGUACAAACUGGCUUGAACAAAUACAAGUGAUACAAGUCUGUUAUCAUCACUACUAGCUAUUGAAGGGUAUAUUAGAUAAUUAUCUAUAAUAUGAGGUGAGAGUAUCCUGACUUCAUGCCAGAUAGCAUGGAUUCAACAGAUCUUGUACUUUAUUUUAUUGUUACUCAAACUAGACUUGAAAAUAUGCCUUGUUGUUGGUAGUGAAAUGCACAUCCAUGUUUACUGUUCAUUGUACAUGCAAGUCAUGUGACAUCAUAUUUCCUGUAAGUUGUUUGGUCAGUCUGAUUGGUUCUUCCCCAUUCAGUGUAUGUUACAUUCAGAUAAUUUUGUUGAAUGGUAUGUAAUAUAGAUAUAUAUCACAUUAAUUUUAUUAUUUAUACAUUUUAGUUGAUAAAUAUUGUAAAAAAGGAUUUAUAUAUGAUCUAAGAAUGUUCUUUGUUAUUUUUGUUUUCAUGGUUUUGAAUUUCAUUAAUGAUCCGUGUACUAGUUUUUUACCUGAUGAUGAACAUUUAGUCGUGUCACAACAAAACCAACAAAGUGUGUUUGCGACCAGCAUGGAUCCAGCCCAGCCUGCGCAUCCGCGCAGUCUGAUCAGGUUCCAUGCUUUUCGCUAUCAGUUUCUCUACUUGUAAUAGAGUUGGUAAGCGAACAGCAUGGAUCCUGAUCAGACUGCAUGGAUGCGCAGAGGUGUCUGGAUCCAUGCUGGUCGCAAACCCACUAUGUUGGUUUGGUCAUGACAAGGCUCAUUUGAUUUUUUUCAUUUGAUGUUAAAGUAACUGCAAAGCUCAUAUUUUAUUAUUAAACCAUAGUUAUUCCUCAGUUACUUUCAUUACUAUAAUGACACCAUUUGAUACACAUUUAUAAAAUCUCAGCAGAUUGAUCUUUUUUUUUUGCUUUGAACGAACAUCUGUUUGUGACAUAAUAAAAUACAAGAUAAGACUAAAAUAUAUUUAAAUAUUAUAGCUUAAGUAAAUACAUGUAUUAGUUUUUACUUUAAUUUCAUGUCAUUGAUAGAACUAGGUAGACUAGUUAAUUACUUUUACUUUAAUGUUAUUAAAUUUAUUAAAUAAACCACAAGAAUGGAUUGUGUAUGCUAGUGUAUACAGCAUAUAUAUUUAAAUUAUUUCAAGCUUUUUUUUUUGCUAGUUUGAAAACAAUACUUAAUCUAUAUAAUUAUUCUACUUAAAAUUUCAUUUUUACAGUGUCAAACUCUACUCAAGAUAUCAGAUUACUAGUAUCAAAUCAAUAUUUUGAGUAUCCUUGAAAUUUAUGAUUUUUUAUGAUUAUUGACUUAUCCACAGUCCAUCUAGAAGGGCUUUUAUUUAGGGUGAAAUUAUGAAAGUAUUUAUAUUUUAAGUUAGCAAACCAUAAAGUUUUGAGGUUCUGUAAUAGGAAUUAUUUUGAUACUUAGGUGCAACAUGUAUAUGUUUUUAUUUGAAGAUAAUGAAAUCUUUAUCUAAAAAAUGUGAUUUUUAUAUAAAAUGUUUCCUGUCUAAAUAAGAAAUUUUAAGAUAGCACUCGUGAUUAAGGAAGCCAAUCCUUUAAAUUUAUAUAACUGAUUUAAUGUAACAGUGUUAUAGUGUAAUGAGUUACAGAAUUAUUACAUGGAACAUCUUUUCUAAACUGUUAAAAUGUUAGAGUCAAAACUGCCUAGCCAUACCUAAAGUUUAGACCAGGUACUUGCACAUGGCUGACCAAUAUCUAAAGGUUUCAUAUUCCUAAAAUUAUAAAUGAACUGAUUUACGGUAGAAGUUGGACACGUCCAUCUCCAUAUAGAAGAUAACUUGAGUAAUGUCAGAAUAGAAGUAAAUGAAGAGAUUUGUGACAUAGUAUAUCUGAGGUUAAUGAAUGUUUGGUUGAAUCACUGCCCUUCUUUACAUUAUUAUAGAAAACACUUGUAUAACUUACAUCGUAUUGUCUAAAUGUGAUGUUGUACUGGUUUGUAUGGAAAUUUAAGAGUAUUUUUUUUUACCUUUUGUUGAUGUACAAUUGUAACGGUUCAAGUUCUAUAUAUAAAAUUUUAGUUGCAAUAUUGAGCCAUCUGUGAUAUAUAUAUAUAUACUUUAUAAUUAAAACAUGCACAUGUAUA